AUGACAUCAGAGACAACGUCCACACCCGACCCGAAUGUCAAUCCGGUUCCAACUCCAAACCCGACUCCAAGCUCCCUAAUCCACCCCCGCCGGGAGCCAUUCGAGCAUGGACUUUUACCAAUUCCCAAACUAAUCUUCCCCGACCUGACCCAAACCCUAACGCAACUCAAACAAAAACUCGCUACUCAUAACCGGGUCAACUCAUCCUUACUCGCUGACUCUCUCCAGAUCUCCACCGACCACGCGAGGCUGAUCCUCGACACGCUCGCGUCGGUUCUGAAUUCUGAGUCCGACCCGCUUGUGAAAGCCCGCCCCGAUGAGGUUGAUUCAGCUGGUGCUGAUUUGCGUGAUCUGAUAUUGUUUCUAUAUAUCCAGUCCUACAAGAAGUUGUUGCCGAGAACGCAUAAAGAUGCUGCUGCUGUUGCUGAUGUUUGGCCGUCAACUUCAGCUUUUGAUGGCUAUCUAUCGGCUUUAUCGCCGCUUCAGCUUGUACGUAGCAACAGCCGUCGGUUUAUGCCAUCACAGGCUGAUGAAGAGGCUCAUCAGUUGUCCUACCUACAAAAACACAUGGCUAACAUUCUCUCUCUUUUGGCAGAGCCUGUGGAAGGUGAAGGAGAAGGAGAAGAGUCACUGGUUUUGUCUAUGGAAGGAUUUGAGCACCUUGGAUUUCUGGUUCAAUUUGGUGACAAGGGAUCUGAAGUGGUUACCUUAAGCCAAGCUGCCCCAUUUUUUGCCAAUUCGGAUCCUGACAUGCCUGCAGUUCCUGUUCCUGCCACACAAGUCCAUGAUUGGAUUUCACAGAAUAUAGCGUCUGCUUUGGAACAUAUUACUGAAAGAAUUUCUGCAAAAGAAAAUGGGCCAACCAAUUCAUCUGAUCCUGAUAUUGCCAUGGCUGAUGCCUGUACAAGUUCACUCAAGACCUCGCCUAGUGCUAGAGGUUCAUGUUUUAUUGAGGGGAUCUCUAAGUCAUCGUUUAUGAAGCAAGCAUCUGAUCUUAAAGGUUCUUCUUCUGUAAAGGUUCUGAAUUGUCAUGAUUCCGUCCUUUACAUCUUAGCACCUCUGAGAUAUGCUACCAUUUAUGGAUGCUCUGAUGCCACUAUAGUUCUUGGAGCUGUUGGCAAGGCUGUAAGGAUUGAACAUUGUGAGCGAGUUCAUGUUAUUACAGCAGCAAAACGAGUCUGCAUUGCCAAUUGUCGUGAAUGUGUGUUCUUUCUAGGGGUAAAUCAACGACCACUAAUGGUUGGUGAUAACCACAAGCUACAGGUGGCACCAUAUAAUACAUUUUAUUCAGAGUUGGAGGAGCACAUGGAUUAUGUAGGCAUUAACGCAACUAUCAACAGAUGGGAUGAACCUUUGGCCUUGGGAGUGGUUGAUCCCCAUGAUUCGUUAUCCCAUCCUGCUGGUGUCUCUGAUGUACAAGCUGAAUCAGCUGCACGGGUAGAUCAUGACCAAUUCACAAACUUCCUGAUUCCCAACUGGUUUGGAGGUGAAUCCCCAGGGUCAACUAAAGAUAACCCAUUUCAAUUACCCGAGGCUUAUUUGGCAGCUCAGCAGAGAAAUCAAAAGAACUUGGGAGAGACAAAGCAAUUAUUGAGGGAAGCUCCUCUUGAAGAAAAUCAGAAGCGGGAAUUGUCAAGUGCACUUCACCUAUUAUUUAAAGACUGGUUAUACGAUUAUGUUCAUUGGAAGGUGGGUUAUAAGGGUACCCAUCAGGAAAUAUCAGACAGCUUUACUGCCUACAAGGUUGCUGCUGAGUAUGGGAUGGGAUCUUGGACACCAUUGAGUACUUUUGUUGCAUUAUCUGGACUGGAUUUUGGAGAGGCGGCGUCUGGUGAUGUAGAUAAACACUUUGGAAGUCAACUCAUUGAAGUUAGCAAGAUUUUUCCUUUUCCUAAAUAG